UUUCCGCCAUCUCGAGCUCUCCAUCUCACAAGCUCAAGCAUUCACAGUCUACAACAAUCCCCAUCAUCUCUCGCCAAACCGAAAGCAAAGAAACCCCGUAGUAGAAUCUUACGAGCGAAGGAAGCGACCGAGCUAAUGGCCAUGGCACCGCCUGCAUCCGCCGUCUCCUUCUCCCCCCGCCCGUCGACGGGAACGACUUUCCGGCCCCGCGCCGCAUCCGCCUCUGGCUCCGUGGGCGCCGGGCGGGUCCGCGCGGCGGGAGCCCCCGAGGGAGGCAAGUGGUGGGCGCCGCUGCUCGGCUGGUCCGGGCGGGCGGACUACAUGGAGGCCGCGGCACCGGCGCCAGCGAUGGUGGUGGCGGUGGAGGAAGAGAAGGCGGGGAGGUCGUUCGUGGGCGGCCUGACGGAGGAGAAGGCGCGGCAGCUGCGGGCGCGGAUGGUGGAGACGGAGAGCUUCCACGACGCCAUGUACCACUCCGCCAUCGCCUCCCGCCUCGCGCGCUCCACCUAGCUAGGCCGCCGGACAGACCGCCAGCCAACUCGCCGACACUACCAGACAAGCUGAUGUGCCCGUGCGUGUACCUAGUUGUUUCCUCUUACGAUCUGGGGAUCACCAGUCGUCUCUGUUUGUAGCUGUUGUGACGGAGGAGCUUAGAGGAGAGAGGUCGGCAAUGAGAUCUAGUUUUAGGGUUGAUCCAUUCCCUUCAUCUCCCCGGUCUGCUUGUUUUAGAGGCGCAGAUGUUUCAAUCUGAUUCCCCGCAUUUUGUAACAUUCGGGAUCCGCAGUUAACAUGUUGUCCCAGAUCUGUGAUA